UACAUGUUUGUGCGCCUAGACAGUCAAACCCUCAAGAGUCGGUCCUCUUCCGUCAGAGAAAUUCAGCUUAGGAUUUCGCUGCAGCAAUACUCGGAAUCUGGAACUUGAGUGAUGAGUUGUUUGAGUUAAAUUGAGUGUUGUAUGCUGUAGAAAUGAGAUUUCCUCUGUUGUUGGUGAUACCAUGCCUGUUGUCCACAUGCCGUGGCUUAAACGUUGGCGGUUACUACGUCGGCAACUACGGAACACAUCAUGAAUUUCUGGGCGAUGGUCUGCUAGAGGAAGGGCAGGGUUUUGGUGAUGGCGAUAUAGUUCAAGCUGUUUCACUACGACAGCGAUUAGCAAUACAUACUUUUUUUUCACAACGGAUGCACAAUUUUCAGCCAGUUCAAUUAGACCGUCAACGAGUUCAUAUUCCUCAAACAAGGACCACGGAAUGUACAAGUACACAACUUCCACAUCCGGUCACGCAUUAUCCACGGGAACAACUUAAAAAUCCGAAACAGAUUUUUUCAAAAGUUGAACCACCAUUAAAGACGGCGCGGGACAAUCAACAAAGCUCUUCGAAAAAAUCAUUUCUGGAAGGAUAUAAAAAUGAUCUGACUCAUUUGAUACAAAAAAUGGCACUUCGAAAAGGAGGGAGGCAAAUAUUAGAAAAACUUAACAUCAUUGAAAAACAGAUGUCCCCCAGAACUGGACAGAUGCAUUCUGGCAUGACUUUGAACCCCGAAAAGAUUGAUCGUUUGCUCCGUGUUUUGGCGGGACUCAAAUCAUCCGAAUCAGGGAGGAACGUACUCCAUCAGCUGGAUCUGACAAGAUUUGCUCGUCUCGAGGACCCGAUCUCGGUCCCGGCAACUCGUUCGGGGACCCGUGUCUCGAAUGCUGAUGUGCCUGUCGACCUUGACUUUAGUGCCUAUAACUUUAAUGGAGGCCCCAACUGUGUGGACGAACUGUUCCGGUCGGCAAUGGACAGGUACACAAGAAACAGUAAGAUCGAUGAGGUGUAUGGACGUGCCCCCGGCUACAUCACGACAGAGAUGGACAUGGUUCUGACCGGCGACCAAUGGAAAUACUUCUAUAACAAUAUGUCAUUUCCCCCAAGAAGAGGGAAGCGUUCAGUAGACAGUGAUCCCCCCGAGUUGACACGACAUAAACGAAAGGCAAUCAAACAUAAUAGAUACUACUGGCCAGGCAAGGUGAUCCCUUAUGCUAUCAACGAAGAGGAUUUUAGCUGGAGUGACAUCAUGUUGUUUGAACGCGCGAUGUACGAUUGGGAACAGGCCACUUGCAUCCGAUUCAAGAUGUCCACCGCAAAUGACAACAAUAGGAUCCGGUUCCGCAAUGGUGCUGGGUGUAGCUCUCACGUGGGGAUGAUUGGUGGCGUACAGAACAUCACCCUCCAGGGACCCUGCAGGAUCCGUCGUAUCGUGCUUCACGAAAUUGGCCACUCCAUUGGACUCGUGCACGAACAUCAGAGACCCGAUCGAGACCGGUUUAUCACGAUUCUUCACGAAAACGCCCGACCUGGAACGGAAUGGGACUUCAAGAAACGAACCUGGGCGACUGUGGUUAACCAUACCGUUGGAUAUGACUACAAAUCCGUAAUGCAUUAUGGUCCAAAGGCUUUUUCAAUGGACCGGAUCCGGCCGACCAUCCUCGCGAAGGACACGACAUUCCAGGACGUCAUCGGUAAAGUGACAGAGCUCUCCUUCGACGAUAAGAAGCUUGUGAACAUGAUGUACAGGUGCAGCAGUCACUGCUCUAAUACGAUGACGUGCAACCAGGGCGGCUAUUUAAGCAAGAAUUGCAGGUGCAUCUGUCGGCCUGAGUACCCCAAUUGUGAGGUAUACAGGAAAACAGACACACGGGACUUCAGUACCUAUCGCUUCUACGACUACGACUGGAUGAGCCUCUUCGCAGCCUUCUCCUGGAACGCCUUGAACACCGUGGGUUUCACCAACGACUGGAUCAGUUCCGCCGAUCCAUCUACAGCGAUGCCAAGUACAAACUCUAGGGCCGCACAGCCGAAUAUCCUCCACGAACGUUACGAUACUUAUAUCCCUCGACCAACUCCGGAAGCGCACAAAGUGGUGACACUUGAUGUACACACAGGUACGGUGCAACAGCCGGCAAAUUCCCGGAGGCAGCCGCUUCCUCCUCGGACGAUGCUGCAGCAGAGGUUCAACCCGCGGAUGGUGCGCCAGCCUGUACCCUACAGGUUUCCCAUGAUGCGAUACAGGCGCACUGCACAACUGGACCACAGCACCCACCGCAAAAUUUUGUUUACUAACGAGCACGGAGUAAAUUCCGUUUGGGAUAUGAAACAGCCUUUAGAAUUUGGCAAGGGGGAAUCGCAUGGCUCUUUUCCACUUCUCGUGAAAAAUAAAAUGCAGGAUAAAGAUUCCUUACCCCAAGAUGAUUCGCCAGUUGCCUCGCCAACAGCCUCCGCAUCGUCAACAGCUCCAGCAACGUCGACAGCUCCAGCAUCGUCAAAAGACUCUCCUUCCAAGCGACGGGUUCCAAGGGCGAUAACUUUCCUGAACAACAACAGAGGUACACGGUACAAUGCACGCAGAGGCAAAGCUACACGUUUCGACACAUACAGACGUCGGUACAAACCGAGAAAGAGGAGAAAGUUUAGCCGAGCUUUCUUCAGGGGUUUCAGCAAAAAUGAUCGAGAAGCCAGAAUUAGGUAUGCGUUUUACAGAUCGGCGAGCAGACGAAACUCAUAUUGGAAAUGACACGAUGAAUUUCAAGAUAUGUACAGUAUCGUAUUGCUAUGAUCACUUCCCUGCAUUGGUGUAGGGUAAAUAUAUAUGUGCACUAUUGCUAGCAAUAUGGCACUGCUAUAUUUAUACAAAUUUGAUUUGAUCAUAGCAAGCCUGUGAUUUAAUUGAGUAUGCUAAAAAGUCCAUACCUUCGGUUCAUUCUUUGUUAAAUUUCAAGAUGUCAUGAUGUAAUUUCAACGAAACGAUUUAUUAAUAAAAUCACAAUGUCAUUUCAAAAAUCAAUGUUGUAUGUCGACCGUCUUUAUAAUGUGAAAGUUCAAAUUAUGUUUUUUAGGCUUUAAUGUUAUCGUUGAGAGUUCGGACAUAUUGUUUUAUGAUCAUGCCUCCAAAUAAUUUAUUGGCAACCGACUCGAACUUAUUAUUUUUUAAUAAACAUUGAUUCAUCUGAACACAUUCGCCGCUGAAAAUAUAAACUGAAGGAAACUAAUUAGAGUACACUACUUCAUCGUUUUGCUUUUUUAUUCCCAGAAUCUCCCCCACAAUGCACGACAAAGCUUGCAAAGAUUAUUUAUUUCCUUGAGUAUAUAUUUCUUAAACGCACUUCAGAGAAUAAUCGAGAGUUGCGUCCCUUUGAGAUAAUGGCGACUGCUCGUGCUUAUAUCCUUGGUGAGGGCAGUUUGUAAACCACUGAUGGGAGUAAAUGCAUUUGUUUCGUACUGACCGUCGACAGGUUAGUUACACAUGCUGUGUUAAACAUUACAAUGAAACAGUUCCUCCUUGUAAUGAACGCUGUGGGUUAUGCAUUUAGGGAAGCUUGAUGUGACGUACUCUACAGGGCAUGAGGAAAAUAAACCAAAGAUCA